GGAAUAGUAACCUUAUGUACAUUGCUCAGAGGGAUCCUUUUUUCUCUUCUAACUCCUCAUCCUCUUCCUUCCCCUCUCCCCCUUCUGCCAGUUAAACACUGUGUACAGCCAUUGUCUUUUGUUAAGUAAGUAUGCUUCUGUAUUGAUUGAUUUGUCUUGUGGCAUGAAUUCUAUUAACAGCAUUCCCUGACAGUCCCAGAAAACACUGUACAUAAUUUUUUCAGAGUUUGCCUGAAUUUUCUGGCUUUGAGGAACCACUAUGCUACCACUGCAGUGAUUGUUAUUUGCAUUCUGGUGUUGUGUGGCAAAUCCACAUUUCAAUUUCAUCACCAGUGACAAUUCUUUUCAAAAAUCCAUUUCCUUCCCCUUCAUAACACUGCAAAAAUUCCAAGACUGAUCCCAUGCAUUUUGUUUUGUGAAUGUCUGUUAGCAUUUUUGGCACCUAUCUUGAAUACAACUUUUUGAAAUGCAAAUGUUUAGUCACAGUUUCAUUCAGCAAAGAUCUUGAAAUGUCAGAAAUUGCAGAGACAAAUCAGAAAGUGUAAACCAUCUAUCAUAAUGAAGUUUCUCUUUAACAUUGUGCAGCAAGUCUUCAUUGACUAAGGAUCGGUGACCACUAUGCUCCUCAUGAAUGUUGUUUCUUUCUUCAUUAAACAUAUUAACUCACUUUCUUACCAUACCUUCACUUAUCACAUUUAGUCCACAAAUUUGCUGUAAAUUUUGUAUGGUCAGACAUUUCUCACAUUCAAAAACCUAAUUACUGAUUGUAUUUCACAACUGGCAGGCCACUCAAUUGUUUUGAACAUUAUAACUGAUGCUUAGUGAUCCUCAACAUGAACAAGAAAAAACAAAUAUAGCUUGGUUACUUUAUUCUUGAUUGGAAGAAGUAACUAUGCAUGCAUGACCUUGACAUUGCCAAAAUACACAGGAGAUAUACAUAAAUGGUACUUGCUUUUGGAUGUGCCUUAUAUAUAUUUAUCAUAUUAAACAAUUACAUACUAUAUGAUUAGACUAAUUUAUUUAACAUGCAAGUAGACUGAGUUAAUAGAUUGAAAUUAAAAACACACUAAUCUUUGAGAUUCUUCCAGCAGACAAAAAUCCAGAAAUAUGAACACUUUUGGUCUACUUCUAAAGCCUGUUACAGGUUACAAUUUUCAGAAAUUGAAUACCACAGGUUUUAAUAUUCAAAAAUAGAAUGUGCAGAAGAAUUCUAGAUAAAUUCAAAUUUAAAACCAAAGAAAAUUUAACCUGAAUCAGAUCUUAGGAAUAGACUGAAAAAGUUCAUUUUUCUGGAUUUUCAUUUGCUGGAAUAAUCUCAAGAAAAAGAAAAUAAAGCAGUUCUAUAGAUAACAAGUGAUUGUAUUAUGAAAAGAACACUCAUGCUUUCUAUAAAGAAUCUAGAAAAUUUUAUUCAAGAGAUAACUGUACCUAAUGAACAAAUGGUAGAUGAUGAGUUAAAAAGUAAAGAUUUUUCAGACUCUGAAUAUAAUAUGGAACAUUUUGUAUCUUUCUUAGAAUUGAAUUCUUCUGUAAUGAAUAGUGACUAUGUAAACUAUAAUAAUGAUAACGGUGAAGUUUUAAAAAUAUCUGAAAUGAAAUCAUCAGAUAAUUUGAAUUUUUCAUAUGUUCAUAAUGAGAAUAAAAUAUUAAAAAUUUCAAAUAAAAGAAUAAGUGAUACACCAGUCUUCAAAAAUGGAAUUAAUUAUACUACCAGCAGAACUGAUCUAAAAAUAAAAGGAGAUUCACAAAUAAAUACAAUAUAUGAUGAAAAUGUUUCAUUAAGUGAUGAUAAUUUUAAUGGUGUAAGCAAGAUAGUGAAAAAGACAAAUAAUUCAGAAAAAUCUGAAAAAAUAACAAACUGUAAAAAAUCAGUUUUGAAGAAAUCUGAUUUUAUUUCCAGUGCCAAUAAUUCUGAAUUUAAACAUUUACAUACAAAAUCUUACCAAAAGAAAUCAACAGUGAAACCAUAUAAACAUAUCAAAGAAAAUCAUAAAGCAGAAGAAACAAAGCAUACAUUUAAAAUCAGAUCUUUUUGUAAGAAGAAUAAUUUUCACCAGUCUAAAAUAAAUGAUGAGAAAGAAAACAUGAAAAAUAAUUAUGAAGAAAUUAAAUUAUCAAAUAUUAUUAUUGAAUCUGUUUUAGAAAAUAAGUCUUUGAUUCAGAAAACAGAAAAUAAUACAUCAACAAUAAGUACAGUUAGUGGUAGCAAUUAUGAAGAUCCAAUUGUAAUUGAUUCAGACUCCAAUAAUGAUGAAUUAUUAGUGUUACCCACUGAUUUAAUUGAAACUUCAGUUGAUGAUAAAAGUAAUGUAAGUAUUUUUUUAAAUUAAACUAAUAAAAAUUUUUAUGGAAAUAAAAAACCAGCAAUUGUUUAUUGUCAUAUCGUCACAAUGCUGGGCUGCAAGUUUUAAUCUCAUUUUUAAUUUAUUUAAGUUAAAAUAUAUACAUGUAUCCCUUGCUUAAUGCAGUUUUGCUUAACAUGAAAUUUGAUUAACGUGAAAAUUUAAUUGCUGCAAUCCCUUUAUAGUAGUUUUAAUUAAUGCAACUUUAACAGUUGUCUUUACUUAACAUAUUUUGUGCUGGGGAUGAUUU